UAGGAUGAUAAAAAAGUAAUUGCUCCGAAUUUUAGGUUGGGAAGGAAGGAAACGAAGAGAAAGAGUUGGGGAUGGUCUAAUGUUGGAGAUAGCCAUAAACCCUGCCUCGUCAGCAGCCCUGGCAACAUCCAAGACCCAGUUCGUUCCAAAAUCACAGGUGGCAGCGGGACGGAGGAGGAGGCGAGAUGGUGGGGACGGGCGGCGGCGCGGAGGAGGCGGUGCGGCGGUGGGUGGAGGCCGGCGGCGGGCGGCUGGUGCUGGACGGCGGGAUGGCCACGGAGCUCGAGGCCAACGGCGCCGACCUCAACGACCCGCUCUGGAGCGCCAAGUGCCUCCUUGCCUCCCCGCACCUCAUCCGCAAGGUUCAUCUGGACUACCUAGAAGCUGGUGCAAACAUUAUAAUCUCUGCGUCCUAUCAGGCCACGGUUCAAGGGUUUGAAUCGAAGGGGUUUUCAAAAGAACAAAGUGAAGACUUGUUAAGAAAGAGUGUUGAGAUUGCACGUGAAGCGCAUGAGAUAUUUUUGAAGGAACAUUCAAAUCAAUCCACUCCAAUACAUCAUCCUAUUCUGGUUGCAGCUUCUAUAGGAAGUUAUGGGGCUUAUCUUGCUGAUGGAUCUGAAUACAGUGGGGAUUACGGUGAAGCUGGCACACUAGAAUUCCUGAAAGAUUUUCAUCGGCGAAGGCUUCAGAUUCUUGCAGAAGCAGGUCCUGAUUUGAUCGCUUUUGAAACAAUCCCCAACAAAUUGGAAGCCCAGGCAUAUGCUGAACUUCUCGAGGAAUGUAACAUAAAUAUCCCUGCAUGGUUUUCUUUCAACUCAAAGGACGGAGUUAAUAUUGUGAGUGGAGACUCGUUAAUCGAAUGUGCUACUAUUGUUGGCACGUGUGCAAAGGUUGGUGCGGUUGGAAUAAAUUGCACACCUCCAAGAUUUAUUCAUGGACUGAUACUCUCCAUUCGAAAGGUCACGGACAAGCCUAUUCUGAUAUAUCCCAACAGUGGAGAAAGAUACGAUGGUGAGAAAAAAGAGUGGGUGGAAUCCACUGGCGUGUCAGAUGGUGAUUUUGUUUCUUAUGUAAGCGAAUGGUGCAAAGAUGGGGCUGCCCUUAUUGGGGGUUGCUGCAGGACAACUCCAAACACCAUCAGGGCGAUAGCUAGAGCUCUUAAGCAAGGCUACCAUGCGCCACAGUUAUAUGUGGCAUAAAGUUGUGCGCUCCUGCAAAUGAGAUCUCCCUGCACCUAUAUUUGUGAACAACGUGUAUUUCUUCUGAGUUCUUAAGUUGCCCUACUUGGAGCCUGGAGGUACCAAUCAAGGAUUAGCAAGCAGCAACAGUGACAGUGAUCUUCUACUAUGUAGUGAGUGAAUACGGUGUAUGUCAGUCGGAUACAGAUAGUAUCGGAUAUAUAUACGAAUGCAAAUAGUCUUGGUUAUGAAUACGGUUUGAUACAAAUUGGAUGUGAUAAUGUUGGACAUGAAUACUUCUUUGGAUAUUGAGUAAAAAUAAUAUUAUAUA